AUGCAAUCCAAGCGGGAAUGUGAGCUGUGGUGUGAGCGGGUGAAUCCGGAGAACAAGGCGGCGCUGGAGGCGUGGGUCAGAGAAACAGGCAUCCGACUGGUGCAGGUGAACGGGCAGAGGAAGUAUGGCGGGCCACCCCCAGGCUGGGUGGGCAGCCCGCCGCCUGCUGGAUCAGAAGUGUUCAUCGGGCGGCUGCCCCAAGACGUGUACGAGCACCAGCUGAUCCCACUGUUCCAGCGAGUGGGCCGCCUGUACGAGUUCCGCCUGAUGAUGACCUUCAGCGGCCUGAACCGCGGCUUCGCCUAUGCCCGCUACAGCUCGCGGCGUGGGGCACAGGCCGCUAUCGCCACACUGCACAACCAUUUGCUGCGGCCUUCCUGCCCGCUACUUGUGUGCCGCAGCACCGAGAAGUGUGAGCUGAGUGUGGACGGGCUGCCACCGGAUCUGACCCAUCGCGCUCUCCUCCUUGCUCUGCAGCCACUGAGUUCCAACCUGCAGGAAGCGCUGCUGCUGCCCAGCCGUGGGCCCGAGCCCAAGCAGAUGGCUCUGCUCAAGUUCGGCUCACACCGCGCCGCUGCCAUGGCCAAAAAGGCCCUGGUGGAAGGACAGUCAUGCCUCUGUGGGGAACAAGUGACUGUGGAGUGGCUUAAACCAGACCUGAAGCAGCGACUCCGCCAGCAGCUCAUGGGCUCUUCACUGCAGUGCCUACAGCCAGAGGGCAGCCGAUUGGCCCUAGCCAGGGACAAGCAAGGUCCCCGAGGAGCUCGGGUUGCCCUACAGCUGCUGUGCCAGCGAAUGAAGCUGGGCAGUCCUGUGUUCCUCACCAAGUGUUUAGGCAUGGGCCCUGCUGGUUGGCACCGUUUCUGGUACCAGGUGGUGAUCCCUGGGCAUCCAGUGCCCUUCAGUGGCCUUAUCUGGGUUGUGCUGGCCCCAGAUGGGCAGGAUGGGCACCAGGUAGCCAAAGAUGCUGUGUCUGCACGGCUGCUGGAGGCGUUGAGUGAGUGUGGGGCCAGUCUUCUGUUCUCUGCUGGGGCUGAGGCAGGUACCAUGGUUAAGCAGUGA